AAUGAUGAAAAAUCUGUUGAAGAUUUAUAAUAUGUCAAUUAUUUUAAAUUAUAAUAAACUGUUGUAUUCAGUGAAUUCUAGGAAUGAGAUAUACAUUGACGGUGAUAUUGAUGUAUAUAAUAAUAGACAUCGGUGGAAUCCCUGUUGACACUUCAGAAGAAUAUUCAAAAAAUUUACUCUUAAGACAACUCUUAAACUUUCAAUUACCGAAAGAUUCAAAUUUUCAUUCUAUCAGUAGUUUAUCACCAACUGCAUGGAAUCCAACAUGGUCUGCUUUAUUCUGGACAACAUGGUCCGAAUGGAAAAGAUGUACACAGAAUAAACAUUGUACAAAGCACUAUCACAAUAAUAAUAACAAUAAGUCGGAAAUUAUUGAGAAUCUGUUAUUUCGAACACGGGUAUGUCAAUUUCAAUCAAUGAAUGAACAACUGUUAUGGUCACAAGCAAUGAUUAAAGGUGUCAAUUUAUCAGGUGACUUAUCUACUUGCUCAGAAGAAGGUUUGAUUCAAAGUGAUGUCAAACAUUGUCAGGAUUUGCUUCAAUGCAUCGACAAAACUUCAUCCAGAAAUCACUCCUUCCAUGCAUUGUCAAAAUCAAGUUUGAAAAACUUUUCUUCUAAGUGUGGAGAAAAUGGAUGUGAUUUUACGGAUACUACCGAAAAUAAAAUCAACAUGGAAGAUAAUUGGACCACGGAAAGACUUUCAGAACGCAGUGAAAUUUGGGGACCAUGGACAACAUUGCAAGAGUGCUCAGCAAUUAUUCCUACAAUUGAUGAACUACCGGAAGAAUAUCCCUGGGAAUUAAUGCUCAAUUUAACUCGAGCACCAGCUGGUAGGAGAUGUGAACCAGGAUUACAACUCCAGAUCCGAAAGUUACUCAGUGAAUCUAAUUCUAUCAAAGAGCAUGAAAAUCCUCAAAAGGAACAAAAGUUACCACCAGCAUCGAUAGCGAUAGCAACAACAACAAUUACAGAAACACGUAAAAUUCACUGUUGGAUAAAUGAAGCCUGUCAUACAUCUGACGUGAAAGUUGAACCACCAAGCACAUGCUUUUUUCAAGCUAUACAUCGUAGUCCAUCUGCACAAGUUAAAUGGCGUCGAACACCAUACGGUCGUAUACCAUCUCAUUUUGAAGUACAUGUUCUAGAUCUUAUAAAUUCUGUUCAUUAUCGAAAAUCUGAACUUUAUGUUGAAGAAGUUAAAUUAAACAAAUUAGAUCCAUGGGGAGAAAAUUAUGUUUUAGAAAUAUUUGGUCUAAAAAUUGGUCAACCAUAUGAAAUUAGUAUUGCAUCUGCUGAUGAAAUGAGUAAUUUAUAUUUUUCAAAAUCUUGUGAGGCAGUAGUUAUUAUUGGAGCCGGUGAGUUUAUUAUAAAAUCUAUAAAAAGAUAUCAAUUCGUAUUAAUGUUAUAUUUACUUAACAAAAAUUUCUUAGUGGACUAACUAUGAAAUCUGUUGACUGACAUAACUGAAGUGAUGUUAUGAAGUGUGAUUUUACUAAAGGUUAAAAACUCGAUUCACAUGCAACAAGAAUGUUUCUAAGGUCACCAUAUAAUAACUUCUUAAUCUCACCUACAUAGCGAAUUGUCCAUUUUGCCCAAAACGUUGUGUCUAUAAGCUUUAUGAAAGUAGACAUCGAAUGAGGUAAAUUAUUUUAUAAAUCUACAGUUUUUCAGCCCUAUAUCAAUGGAAGCAUAAAAUCUGUUUGUCCUCUGUAUUUCUUUCAUUUGCAUGAUAUAGACUCAAACAACAGUUUUAUAAUCCAGUAAAAUUAAUUCCACAAAUCUUAUUAAAUUUUGAAAAUAUUUUAUUGAGUGAGGAAAAACUGAUUGAGAUAGGUAAACGUUUAAAUAGUAUGACGUUUGUGGUUGAACUCGGAAUAACUGAAGGGGACCAAGUGAGUAAAAUCGGAUCAUUAGAUUUCUUCUUACAUUUCUAUUUUCACUGUCUGUCAGAAGUAACCAGCUUAGUUCAAGACGGCUUUGAAUGCACAAAUAAAAACACAUCUUUUUGUCCAACGUGACUUUCCAAACAUUUUAGACCCCUAGGUUUGGAUCAUUCAAAGUUAACCGAGAAACACUAAUACCUAUAAAAAACUAUCAUUUUCCUAUAAUGGUGAAUAGAUUUGUUUGAAGUUUGUUGCAUACAGAUCCGGCCUCUCAAAUAAACCAAUGUAAAAUAUAUUCGUAAUCCUUCAUUUAGCUUCAAUGGUUUUGAUCUAUUAGUUUCCUGAAAAGAGUUAAGUGAAAAAACUAUAUUACAUACUACAUUAAAAAAUAAAAGUAUGUACCUGUAGUUAAUUAAUCGGUCAUAUAAGCGAAGUACGUAAACAAACGAAAUUCUUUACAAAGGCGCUGUUGAGACAGUUAAAGAGUCAAUAUGUAAAACAAAGUAAUAAAUAAUGAUGUAUCAAAUAAAUUCAUUUCCUCUUAUUUUUCCGUUUGUUAGUUAGAUUUUAUGGUGUUUAUUGAAUUAGUCUUUCUUGUAUAUAUAUGUCCUCCGUUAUCCCAUUUGUGUACUGGUUUGUUAGAUGGCUAAUCCACUUUAUAACAGCAGCCACUUACAAUGUUGAGAACCCAGUUUAGCUAAUACAGUUGACUGAUAUAUAGAUGAAUAUUAAUUAAUCCACUUGAUUUCAACAAUACUCUAUUAAAUCUCAUCGGGAAAAAUUAUUUUGCCAAUAAAUUUAAUAACAUGAUUAUUUGAAAACAGAUUUUAUCAAUCAGUUCCGACUGAAUUUUCUAAAAAUUCUAUUUUAUAAGGUUUUUCUCAAGACCGCAAGUUAGAAUUCACUUUUAUUUCAUGUCACAACACUCAAAUAAUGACUCGUAUCUUAGCUUCCCAAACUUUCAGGCCUUUUAACUGGACUAAUGAUGAAUAAAAAAUAAAGAGUUAGAACAAAAUAAGCUUAUUUUUAUGGGACAAAUUCAUCGAGAAAAGCGCUUUUAUCACUAUAUGAUAGGGAUAAUAAAUUAACAUUUUUUCUUACAGGUGAUGGUUCAUGGUCAAAAUGGUCAAACUGGAGUAACUGUAAUUCAAAAUGUGCAUCAAAAUUGGGCACACGUAGUCGAUAUAGAAAAUGUAACUCACCAGCACCUAGAAAUGGUGGCCGUGUAUGCCCUGGUUCAGAACAAAUGGACUUCGAAUGCUUUGGAACUAAUAUUAAUUGCUAAAUAAAGAUUGACGUUAGUUUUUUUCAAUUCU